AUGGAUGAUGGUGCUGGUGGUGGUGGCGAUAAAUGGCCUGUGGAAAGUAUUGUUGAGGGAACGAAACUCAAUGUUCGUAUGACCGGAACCAAUGAAUUUCGCGAAGCGGAAGUGCUUUCGGUCCGUGUAACACCGGAUAACAAGCACAGAUUUUAUGUGCACUACAUUGAUUGCAAUCGACGACUCGAUGCAUGGGUGGAACAAACAGCCCUGGAUCUGACCAAUGUUCGCUUCCCCCAGAAAGGCGCCAAAGGCCAGAAAGUACAGUCGGAUGCUGUGGCAGCCAGCUGUAUUAAUUGUGUUUUAAUUUCUACUGUUUUCGUACUGUUUCAGAGUAAAUGUCAUUUGAAACAUCCACCAGGUAAUGAAAUUUAUCGCUCCGAUCACCUAUCAUUUUUUGAAAUUGACGGAAGAAAAAAUAAGGACGAUCGUGGCUUUCAUAUUGUUGGAUACUUUUCGAAGGAGAAAGAGUCUGCGGAGGAAUACAACGUUGCUUGCAUAUUGGUUUUACCACCUUAUCAAAAGAAAGGCUACGGGCGAUUGUUGAUUGAGUUUAGCUAUGAAUUAUCAAAAUGUGAAGGUAAAACGGGUUCUCCAGAGAAACCGCUCUCUGAUUUAGGAUUA